AUGGCCCCGCCUCCUGUCGCCCUAAGUGCAGCACCUCCCAGCUCCAUGGGCGUCGGCGCGGUGGUGAUGGGGGAUGGAAUCGACAGACCCCGAUCUGGAUGUCCGCGGGUAGCCAGCACGUUAUCCAGCCGGAUGGACAGGUCCGCCAGCUGCUUGAAUGUGAGAGUGGUGUCCCUGCAGGCCAACUCCCGACGGACGUCCUCGUGCAAACUGCACCGGCGGGUGGUCAAAGACUGCCCGAAAGCGGCGGGUGAAAUCCAUAAGGCGUUGGCCCACUCCAGGGCCUUCCCUGAGAGGCAGGAGACAAGGACGGACACGCUCUCACGGCCUGAGGGAGCCAGGUGGACGGUUGCCAGUCUAUCAAAGCUAAAAAUACACCUAAAAAUACACACAGGAGAAAAGCUUUACUCCUGCUCUGAAUGUGGAAAAUGCUUCAAAACGUCAACUGCGCUAAAAGUUCAUCAUGGAACACACAGAGGAGAGAAGCAUUUCUCCCGCUCUGACUGUGGAAAGAGUUUCUCUCAUCGGGACACCUUAAAAAGACAUGAACAUAUACACACAGGAGAGAAGCCUUACUCCUGCUCUGACUGUGGAAAGAGUUUCUCUCAUCGGGACACCUUAAAACGACAUGAACAUAUACACACAGGAGAGAAGCCUUACUCCUGCUCUGACUGCGGGGCGAGUUUCUCUUAUCGGAACACCUUAAAACGUCAUGAACAUAUACACACAGGAGAGAAGCCUUACUCCUGCUCUGACUGUGGAAAGAGUUUCUCUCAUCGGGACACCUUAAAACGACAUGAACAUAUACACACAGGAGAGAAGCCUUACUCCUGCUCUGACUGUGGAAAGAGUUUCUCUCAUCGGGACACCUUAAAACGACAUGAACAUAUACACACAGGAGAGAAGCCUUACUCCUGCUCUGACUGUGGAAAGAGUUUCUCUCAUCGGGACACCUUAAAACGACAUGAACAUAUGCACACAGGAGAGAAGCCUUACUCCUGCUCUGACUGUGGGGCAAGUUUCUCUCGACUGGACACCUUAAAAAAACAUGAACGUAUACACACAGGAUAGAAACCUUACUUCUGCUCUGACUGUGGCAAGAGUUUCUCUCAACCAAGCCACCUAAAACAACAUGAACAUAUACACACAGGAGAUAAGCCUUACUCCUGCUCUGAAUGUGGGGUGAGUUUCUCUCAACUGGUCACCUUAAAAAAACAUGAACGUAUACACACAGGAGAGAAGCCUUACUUCUGCUCUGACUGUGGAAAGAGUUUCUCUCAACCAAGCCACCUAAAACAACAUGAACAUAUACACACAGGAGAGAAGCCUUACUCCUGCUCUGACUGUGGAAAGAGGUUCUCUCAUCGGAACACCUUAAAACAUCACGAACAUAUACACACAGGAGAGAAGCCUUACUCCUGCUCUGACUGUGGAAAGAGUUUCUCUCGACCAAGCAACCUAAAACAUCAUGAACGUAUACACACAGGAGAGAAGCCUUACUCCUGCUCUAAAUGUGGGGUGAGUUUCUCUCAACUGGUCACCUUAAAAAAACAUGAACGUAUACACACAGGAGAGAAGCCUUACUUCUGCUCUGACUGUGGAAAGAGUUUCUCUCAACCAAGCCACCUAAAACAACAUGAACG